GAAAAAUGGUUUCUCAAUGAAAACCCGCGCUGUUGUAGAAAACUUCUCUUUGGGUUGAAAGGUUCUGAUUUUGCUUCCCUGCCCCAACACAAAAUAGAAUGGGACCAAAAAACCUCUCUCCCUUUUUUGGUGGUGGUGGUUGUUUCUUUUGUAAAUAUUUCAAACAAACUUUUAUUUUUUUGGUUCCCCUCCAAAAAAUAGGGAGAACUUGUGGGUUUCCUCUUUCGCUGUCAAUUUCCUGCGAAAAUUGGCAUCUAUACCAAACCCAUAGGGAAAUGUGACAUGCUUUCUCAUCCUCUGCUACAUGCUGCUGCUUUGACUAUGUUUUUGACGGGAAAAUAUGGGCACUGAAAAUUCCCUUCUGCAUCCUCCUAGGUUUUGUCCUCCCAUCCUUGCCAUUGCAAGGCAGACACCAACGUUCCUGUGAAAGGCAAGGUGGCGUAGUGCAGGGAGAAGUGAGCUCUGGACUGCGAGUCUGGAACCACAGAGGAACUAAUUAAUCACGGCUCUGACAUGCUUGCUCAGUGGCCUUGGGCUAAGUCUCCUCCGUCUGUUGCAUCAAUGGAGUGGGGAUGAGGAUCACGUGGUGUGAGAGACGUGUUCAUAGAGCCACUUGAAAGCAAGUGGGAGGUGGGGUGAUCCUCAGUUUAGGAAUGUUUUGCUGUUGGAGGUUACUCCUUCCUGGUGAUAGUGAUUGCUGUUGGGACCAGCUUCAUGGCUAGAAUUACCCAGGGUAGCUACAGAAGAUGGAAGAUCUGGCUUGGUUGGGAGGGGGCCCAUAUUUUUUAUAUCCCUAUGGUGCUUGUGCAGCCAAGGGGGCUAAAUGUGUUGUAAGUGCUGGAGGUGCAUUCCCGAACAACAUGGCCCUCUGUACUCUCAAGGGUCCCGUGAUGGGCACUUACUACUUUCAACCUCUGGCUUGUGCUGCGAGAGCAGCUAGCAACCCCUGUCCUGCACCAGGGCCACCUUGUCCCAACACAGCCCAAAGAGGCAGUCCUGGCCCCGAAGACUUUGCAAUCCAAGUAAUUACAUAACGAGGGAGUUGUUUCCUGUAUGCAGAAAAGUGUUCAAGUGUGACAACUGGAAGGAGCGGUAAUGCUUCCCCAAAGAAGGUACAUCACUCAACAAGGACUCGGAGUUUGUGUGUCUAUACUCUCAGUAGCUGAAUGCCUCCUGGCAAAUGGACUUGUAUAUGCAAGGGCCACAGCUUGAACUAACUGUGGGAGGCUAAUGGGUCUUCAGGUGGCUUUCCAGAGAGCUGACGUGCACGAAACAUACAAAGUUUGCAACACCUGCAUUGCUUGUUUUGUUUUUUUAAUUCAUUGGGGGAGGGGAUGCUGACAAAUGGGGUAGAGCUGCAGUACUGGAAUCCGGAGCCAUCCUUUCUUCAAAGUUGCAGGAGAUCUGGCUUUGUAGCUCUACUUCAGGCUUAUCCCUAGUUAACUGGAUAGUAGGGAGGGGUGUGGGAUAAUCAAGGAGUAAACUCUGUCUCAGCUGUGGGUUCCUGUCCAGAGUGCCUAAGGAGGAAAAUGUAAAGCUGCAAUCUGAUGCAGGUUCUAACGAGGGUUCUCCCCUGGGGGAAGCUGUCUGUGCAGCAGUGCUUGGCUAGAAGCAUGUGCCUCAUGAUAUGCUUGGGGAAGGGAGUGUUCUUCUUGGUGUAACUUUCCCAGUGCUCCUCCGCCCUGCCCUGGGCUGCUGUGACCCGAAGCGAGUGAGCACUCCCGAGUUCAAAGCAUGCCGUAACGAAGCUUCAGUUCCCAGCCAGACACAGCUCACUGCUAUGGACAGUACGAUCACCUUGUGGCAGUUCCUCCUUCAACUUCUCCAGGAGCCCCAGAACAAGAAUAUCAUCUGUUGGACCUCCAACGACGGGGAGUUCAAAUUGCUGCAGGCAGAGGAGGUGGCCCGGCUGUGGGGAAUCCGCAAGAACAAGCCCAGCAUGAACUAUGACAAACUCAGUCGAGCUCUCAGAUACUACUAUGUGAAGAACAUCAUCAAAAAGGUGAAUGGUCAGAAGUUUGUGUACAAGUUUGUUUCUUAUCCGGAGGUUUUGAAUAUUGCCCCACUGGUGAUGAGCAGGGUGGAGGGAGACCCGAUGAUGGCUGGCUUGGCAGAAAUCAGCAGUGCACCAAAGGAUCUAGAAAGCUGUGUAAAAGAGAAGGCCCAGACCUGUGUUAAAUCAUCCAGCCGUAAUGACUACAUCCAUUCGGGCCUGUAUUCUUCUUUUACUCUGAACUCUCUGAACUCCUCCAACGUGAAGCUCUUCAGGUCGGUCAAGAUAGAGAAUCCAGCUGAGAAACUGGCAGAGAAAAAGCCUGAUCAGGAGAAGACGCCCUCGGUCAUAAAGUUUGUGACCAUUUCCCCCAAAAGGCCUGCUCUGGCAGCCCCUGCCUCAGCCACUUCCAUUGUCUCAACUCUUCCUGUGGAAUCGGAAGAAGCUCUCCAAACCUUGGAGACUCUAGUGCCUCCAAAAUUAACUCCCACGGAAGCUCCUGCCUCUUUGCCAAACUUAACCGCCACCUUUACCCCGCCACCACCUGUAUCUUCCAUGUCGCCUGCUCUGGAGGUUCCUUCCACACCCCCUUCGCCGCCCUUGAGUUCUAACCAUGACCUGGACAUUGAUACGGACAUCGAAUCGGUGGCUUCUCAGCAGUUGGAGCAGUCUCAGAACCCUCAGCACCUAUCCCCAGAGCCAAGAGAGCAUGAUUCAUCUGUGCUGGAGAAGGACCUUGCCAAUCACCUUUCCAGAGCUAAAAAACCCAAAGGGCUGGAGCUAGCUCCUACUUUGGUCAUUACAGGCAGCGAUCCGAGCCCCCUGGGGAUACUAAGUCCUUCUCUCCCUACUGCAUCUCUUACUCCAGCAUUUUUUUCCCAGACUCCCAUAUUGCUGACCCCGAGCCCCUUGCUCUCGAGCAUUCAUUUCUGGAGUACGCUCAGUCCAGUCGCUCCUCUCAGUCCAGCAAGAUUGCAAGGUGCUAACACUCUUUUUCAGUUUCCAUCAGUACUGAACAGCCAUGGGCAAUUUACUUUGUCUGGACUGGAUGGACCCUCCACCCCUGGGCCGUUUUCCCCAGACCUGCAGAAGACAUAGCACGCAAACUCCUGGAAAGGACAAAUCGGGAAACAACGGAAAGAGAUAAUAGUAAAUGUGAUCCAUUUUAAAAUGAGCAAUCCAUACUUUCACCCAGAUCGUGAACAGUUGUAAUUUUUGCCAUUCCCAGUUCAAAUGCCUUUUGGCAAAAUUCCCUUUUCUCGAAGACUAAAUUGGGAAUGCCUAUGGAAAUGCCUUAAUUGGAGUCCAGGCUCCACAAUCUUUUCUUUGCCCCCUUGGGUAAGGAGUCUUUUAAAAGGGAGUUCCUGGUGGGAUGCAGUGACUGAAUUUGUAUCUGAAUUUGUGACUGAUUUUGAUUGCAGCAACACAAUCUUUACGAUGUCUCUCCUCUCUGACACCUCCGUUCUUCUGCUUCCUGUGCUAGGCAUGAAGAAAAUGAAGCAUGAUUGAAACUGGAGUUCCAAGAGAAGGGUUUGAGUGCAGCUUUGCUGUGGAGCUAAUGAUAACAUCUCUUCUCAACAAAACAGCAAAUGUUCCAUGCUGUAAAAACAUCUAACCUUUUUGCAGCGAGAAAUUUUCAAGGAAUACUUAUGGUGGCAUAGGUGAAAAGCAGACCAUUGUUUGGAGGGGGUUGCACCUAUGUACAGUAAUUCACUCUUUGACAAGUGGGCUGCUCAGAUCCUAGAAGCCACUUGUCAUAUUGUGAACAGGCAGGGCUUGGAGACAAAUGGAUGAUGGCGUGAAUCCUUUUGGGGUUCUUGAACUGUUUCAAAUUCUUUGGUAUUUCUCAAGGGUUAUAUACACACACACCUCUGAUGCCUGGUAUCUGAGUAAAGCCAGCAAAUUGGCUCUAAAAGAUUAACAGAUUUUGUGAACGUAGGAGUCUCCUCACCUCUGUCCCUGGAAUUGGACUGUGUCCAUGAGACUGAGAGUUGUCUGUGUAUUUGGGGCUGGUGCUGCUUGACGUUCCGGUCUGCAGCUCAAGGGGAAAGAACACUCACGUUCUCUGCUUUUCCCAGAAAUGAAGCAUCCAAGGAGGAGGAGCCCCUCCUCCCAGCGCUUGUUGUCUCAAGUUCUACUUUAAAAACAUUGCUUUGUAAGUGGAGGAAGUGUUGGAAUUCAUGAAAAUAUGGGUUUGAUGUGUGCGGCUAAAACAGAGACUCGUGUAGCAUCCACAGUAUGGUAAAAUCAUGCAUGUUCCAGGUAAAGACACCUGUGCGUUAGGGGGCUAAUCUGAGUGCUCUUGAAAGCCAUUUCACAUUGCUGAGGGAAGAUCAGCAGCUAGGACAUGCACCUCAAGCAAUCUUUUGUGGGAGAGCUGAGAUAUGAAAGAGGCACCUAAGACUAGGGAGAUGUCUCAGGUUUUUGCAGUUGGGUUUCUGUCAUCCACUGUCAAUCAGGCAACAAUUUCCUCUUGCUACCAAUGUAUAUGCAGUGAGGAUGCACUUGGAUAACCUGUCCUCUAGAGAGUGGACCAAGACUGCACUUCACUCGGUCACUCUUAUUUAGGGCGACCAGAUGUCCUGAUUUUAAAGGGACAGUCCCGAUAUUUGGGGCUUUGUCUUGUUUAAGCGCCUCGUAACCUCUACCCCCGUCCUGAUUUUUUUCACUCUUGCUGUCUGGUCACCUUACCUUUACUAGCUGUUUCAGAAGAGAUGCUAAAGAUGGGAUGAGCCUAGAGAGGCGGUACCUUCGUAACAGAGAUGAGUCUUAUUGGCUUUCAGUGCUGUUCCUUUCAGUGCAGCUGUCCUGACCAUUUUUGCAAGCUCUAAAUUCACUUUAAAGCGUAUGUGUUUGAGACCACCCCACACUGAAUGUAGAGAUGAAAGUAGCCUGUUCUGUUCCAGCACUGAAAUAUAUAAUUCAGUAUAUCCCAUGUCUUUUUAAUUUUUCACCCUGGAGAAAUGGAUGUUAGUUACUUUUCAGCCAGAAAAUCUCCUGCCCCAAAUGAAUUCAGAGAAAGGGAAUAUCUGGCAGAAGGGAAUUUGCUGCCUCCUUGCCAGAUCAAGUCAAAGGCAUGUUACUGCUUCAGUUUUUGGAACAUCAGCAGAUAAUGGUUAGGAAUACCCUUGACCUUAGCUCUUAAAAUGACAAUGUGCAAUAUUUACUAGUUUUUAAGGCAGUGCUGCAGCAAGAAAGCUGCAGGUAGUAAUUAAGAGCAGGCAUCUGGGAUUCUUUGGUUUGCAGGAUGACUUAUUGCUUACUUAAAAAAAAAUAUAUAUGUAUACCGAUAUAUAUUUAGUAGCACUUUGUGAUGGUUGUAUUAGGCUAACUAGCUUUGUGCCCAGCAAGCGUGCAGACUGGAGGGUAGUAUUGAAGAAUGAGGAUUUAUAUUUUUUAAAAAUGUCCUGAGCACUAAAGAAUUGCAAUUUGAUUGCUUCCCUUUCCCCCAUGGAGAAAAGCCAGGUUCUUUUUAUGUAAAGAUUGCACAUUUUGUGUGUGUGUGUGUGUGUGUGUGUGUGUGUUUCAUAUUUGUGUGGCAUAUCUCUGAGGACACAUAUGCAAGAGAACCAAGUGAACGUGCAUGUCGGGCAGGCAUCAUUUCUCUUGGUCCAGUUUCAUGUCUCCAGCUCAGCUUCUUCAAAGGGACGCACUGCCAUAGCAGGUUGACUAGUAACAUGUACCCCCUGUAAUAAUAUACAUUCACCUGCACAUGGAUGGGGAGUUGAACUCACCUUACAGAAGAAUACCUUCUGUGGCAGUAGCGGAUAGGGAUGUAAAAUCCUGUUUUAUUGGUUAACCAGUUAAACCAGGGACAGGGGUGAGGCCCAUCAUGGCUGGGAUGGAGCAGCCUCCCUGCCUGCAGCAUUGUGGGUAACCCCUGCGUGUGGUGGGUGGAGAGCUGCUCUGGCCCCCACCAAUUAACCGGACGCGGUAUGGGUGAUGCUUACCAGUUAACCUUUCACAUCCCUAGUAGCUAACCAGACAACCUAUGUUGCAAACGCAGCAUGUGUGCAUAUGUCAGUGUGACUUUAACUGCCUACAAUACUGUUGAGUGCUAUUAUUGUUGUCCCUUAAUGACAGAUACUGUUGAGUGAUAUUAUUGUUGUCCCUUAAUGACAGUGGGAGGGGAGGGGGGAAUUCCCAAUUAGGGUUACAUACUGUCAGGAGGUAUGUUUGGAAAGCAGUGAUUCAAAGAAGGGAAGCAGGCUGAGAUGGGUCAGAAGAGACUUGCUAUGAGAUUACAUAGCUUUUUGUCUUGGCCCUUCAUAACUUUUCAGGUCACUUUAAAAAAGU